AGGAAGCAAUGAGUCGAGUUGAUUCUUGUUUACAUGCUUAAUGUUUAUUAUUAUUAGUUUUACGUUGUAAUUACUUUUAUAAUUCCUAAUUCUAUUUUAUCUUGUUUGUUACGUUUUUCUAUAACUUUAAAACCUUUCAUAAAAAUAAACUGUAAUAAAAGGUCCCAUAACUGUAAAUCACGUAGGCAGCGACCAAUCAGAGCAGAGCGUCUUGUCUCGAGCGUGGUCGAGGCGCCAUCUUCACUUUGGAGAAAGCUUGUAUUGUGGUGUGACGCAUUUUGUAUUUUGUGAGCAUAAAAACGUAUCGAGUUGGAUCGUUGGAUAAUUUGGAUAUAGUUAAAGUGAGAUUGGUGCACCGAACUCGCUGCUCGGUCUAAACUGUUGUAUUCCUACAAUAUUACCGUGGAAUAACAAAAUAUUGUAUAAACUGAAUUAAACUACUGAUAAAACGGCAUCCAUUGUGUUUUGUGCUCGCACUUUAACCCCAUGACGCCCACUAAGCCCGCAGCCACUAAUGGCGAUAUCGACGAGGAGAGCCUUUUCCCCGACAUCAGAAGUGGGAUCAGUGCAGGCACAAAACGUGAACGAACAAACGACGGCAAAUGAUGGGUGGCGUGCGUUAUUUGAAGCACAACAAACCAGCAUGAAGCUACUCGUGGAGGCUUUGACUAAAUCACCGAAUCUUGAGGAUAAAAACAUCACGCUGCCUAAGUUUCAACCGGAUGAUGCAAACACUGACGCCCGGGCCUGGCUGGCCACGGCGGACAUUUGCUUAUCGGAUCGUGAGAUACAGGGAAGUAAAUUAAUUCUCAUUCUUAGUAAGGCUAUGAAAGGGUCGGCUGCAAUAUGGUUUUCUCAAAUAGUUUUUCCUAAUAUAAAAUGGGUAGAAUUUAAGGAAAUUUUUAUUUCUCGAUUUGUUACGUUAGAAACAUGUGCAGCGACGUUAUUGAAGAUGCUUACUGGUAAACCACAAGAAGGUGAAUGUCUUGCUGCAUAUGCAAGCCGUUUAUUUACCUUACUCAUGUCACGAUGGAGUAAUUUACAAAAGGAAGAAAUGGUGGUGUCUUUAAUACUUGCACACAUGGGACAAAUUGAGCCACGGUUACAACGCAAUAUUUUUGCGGAAGAAAUAACAACCCGCUGUAAAAUGCAACGCGAACUAAUGGCUUUUUCUUAUCGCAAACGGAGCUACCAAGAGAUGACAAAAGCCGUUGCAAGCAAUACGCACGAUAACAAACUUCCUAAAUUAAGUUCUGGUUCCACAAAAUGUUACGCUUGUGGAAAGCUUGGCCAUAAAUCUAAUGAAUGUUUCAGUCGAUCGCAUGAAAAACAGCAAACAACUCCGAUCUUCGAACACCCUGACACAGCUGAGGGUAAGCGUGCCCCUGUGACUUGCUAUAAGUGUGGUGUUGAAGGUCAUGUGGCAUCGCGGUGCUCAAAAACAUGGUCAGUUGCAAGUAAUAGUGCACAACCCACCGUCGCACCCAGCGUCGUGAAGCGAGUGAACGUGUGUGGUAUGAAGCCUGUCACCGGGAUAAUUACACAAUCUGGUGAGCAGUUCUCAUUUUGUUUUGAUUCUGGUGCUGACUGUUCCUUAAUUAAAGAGAGCGUCUCUCGUAAGCUUGUCGGUACAUUACAGCACGCUAUUGCUACAUUGUGUAACAUGUAACUCACAAAUUUGGAUAGGAUGGCGAGGUGGCCAUAGGAUGGCGAGGUGGCCAUAGGAUGGCGAGGUGGCCAUAGGAUGGCGAGGUGGCCAUAGGAUGGCGAGGUGGCCAUAGGAUGGCGAGGUGGCCAUAGGAUGGCGAGGUGGCCAUAGGAUGGCGAGGUGGCCAUAGGAUGGCGAGGUGGCCAUAGGAUGGCGAGGUGGCAAUUUUAUUGCUAUUAGUCUGUUAACGGCGAAGUGGCUGCUUAGAUACUAUGGAAUUAAUUUAGAAUGUAGCGUGGAAUCUAUUAGGAUUCAGAUCAGAAUACGAAACGGAAAUGGAGUUAUUGCAUAAAGGAUCAAAUGUAAGGAUCCUAUAAUGUCCUGGGUCAGGAGUGGCCGAGACGUACAAAAAUAGUUUCUUUUUUUGCAGAUAGCGAUGAUGCACGGCCUUCAACAUCACACGAGGACGUGUGAUAUGUCAGGACGGCCGUGUCAGAGGAAGCAAUGAGUCGAGUUGAUUCUUGUUUACAUGCUUAAUGUUUAUUAUUAUUAGUUUUACGUUGUAAUUACUUUUAUAAUUCCUAAUUCUAUUUUAUCUUGUUUGUUACGUUUUUCUAUAACUUUAAAACCUUUCAUAAAAAUAAACUGUAAUAAAAGGUCCCAUAACUGUAAAUCACGUAGGCAGCGACCAAUCAGAGCAGAGCGUCUUGUCUCGAGCGUGGUCGAGGCGCCAUCUUCACUUUGGAGAAAGCUUGUAUUGUGGUGUGACGCAUUUUGUAUUUUGUGAGCAUAAAAACGUAUCGAGUUGGAUCGUUGGAUAAUUUGGAUAUAGUUAAAGUGAGAUUGGUGCACCGAACUCGCUGCUCGGUCUAAACUGUUGUAUUCCUACAAUAUUACCGUGGAAUAACAAAAUAUUGUAUAAACUGAAUUAAACUACUGAUAAAACGGCA